GAAGAAGAAACGAGAAAGGUAUUGUUGAUAAAACAUUUUCCCUUACAUUAUUUUUCUAGCUCUUUUCAUUCAAGAUUGGUAGCACAAAUGCUUCUAUAACGGGUUAGAAUGAUCUAUCCGUUUUAUUAGUUUAUUCUAUCUGAUUUUGUAUGUUAGUGAUCUUUAACAGUAUAUCUCUGCAUUGUCGGUUUUUGUUUACAAUGUAUAUACACAAGAUGUAUUUAAUAUUGAUAAACACUAUUUGAGAGUAUAUCGCAAUGCAAAGUUCUAAAUUUAGAAAAAGAAUUCAUGAUGGAAUAGAAGAUUAAUUAUCCAACAUAAUUAUAUUUUCGUUUCUAAAGGCUGCAGAGGAAGAGAAACAAAGGAAAGAGAUGGCUGAAGCUGAAGCAAAACAAAAGCAAGCCGAGGAAAAGAAGGAAAAGACAGCGAAGAAGAAAGUUAUUCGUAAUGAAAAGAAAAAUAUCAAGACACAUGUUAAGAAUUAUAAUUAUUUUUACCCGGAAAAUGAAACACCACCAGUGGAAGUUAUUGAUAUUCAAUUAUCAGAAUUGGAUACAUUAUUUGAAAAUCUUUCUUUGGAGGAAUUGCAAAACGUAAGAAAGCAAUUAGAUUCUUCUCAAGAUCGUCAUACUGCCAAGAAGGUUUUAGUUGAAGAAGCUAAAAGACUUGUUAGUGCUGGAACUUUAUCAGCUGAUUCAAUUAAACAUUUCAGUCCAGAUAUCAAUGAAGUGAACGUUAAAGAGACUACUCCAGUUGAAGAACCUGUCAUUAAAACGACGGAAGAACCUAAAGAGCGAUCAUGGAGCGUAGAAGAAAUAUCACUGUUGAUUAAAGCCGCAAAUAAGUAUCCUGGCGGUACAGUGAAUAGGUGGGAAACAAUAAGUGAAUACGUCGCAUAUCACGCAAAUUUACCACUAAGAACUAAUGAUGAAUUGAUUAAAAAAUCCAAAGAAGUCCAAAAAGGCGCAACUGCACUAGAAGAAGAUGUGCGUAAACUACAGCAUCAAAAGAAACAUGCCGACACGCGAAUUACAGAGCAUCCUUCAAUGCGUGAAGCAACUAUUAAUUAUGAUGAGCCAGUAGUAGCACCUGCUGAAUCGCAGAAUAAAUCACAACCUACAUCAAAAGCGAACAAAAAUAAAGCAAAGAAAUCCACCAAGGCACAACAGUUAACUGCUCCAACCUCAGGAAAUACCGAGGAAAAAGAAACUUCUCCAAAUGCGACAGAGACUAUAACGACAUCAAAGGAGACCACCGAAAAAACUAUUUCAUCUAAUGGAACAACCACCACAGCCGUAGCAUCGUCUACAUCAUCAUCUACAUCUACGUCUAUGUCUACAUCCACAUCUACAUCCUCAUCUACAUCUGCAGCAGCGACACCGUCACAAUCAGCUACUAACUGGACGGCAGCUCAACAAGCUCAGUUGGAACGGGCUUUACAAACUUAUCCACGAGAAUGGAAAGGCGAUGGUGAUAGAUGGGACAAAAUUGCUGCAGCAGUCGACGAUAAAACAAAAAAGGAAUGCAAACUUAGAUUUAAGUAUUUAUCUGAGCAAGUCAAGGCUAAAAAAGCAGCAAUGGCAACGGAUAAAAAAUAAUUUAUGAAAUAACUAUUUUAUCCGGAAUUUAUUAAAACAAAGAAAAGAUCAAAUUAAUAACUCGGAUAAUUUUUUUUACUAUUAGUAAUUUGGUUAAUCAAAUUUAACUUUGAGCGUUAUAGAUUUAUUGGAAUAAAAAAAAAUCGUGCACAAAAA